UUUAACCCAGAGCCAUGUCCAGGUACCUGAAGCACUUCACGGUGGUGGGGGAUGACCCAGCACGUUGGAACAACGACUACCGCAAAUGGGAGGAAGAGGAGGACGAGGCAGCAGCCGGGCAGGAAAGUGGGGAGAAGCAGCCGCAGUCGGAGCUCAAGCUGGAGCCCGCCCGGGGCAGCGUCACCUUCCAGGAUGUGCUGAAAAAACUCUUCAGCUCCCACCGGUUCCAGGUCGUGGUCGUCUGCUUGGUCAUUGUGGAUGCCUUGCUGGUCCUUGGGGAAUUGCUCAUGGACUUGAAGAUCAUCCAUCCGGACAGAUACGACCUAGCUCCCAAGGUCUUGCACUACCUCUCCCUUUGCAUUUUGACCAUCUUCCUGGUCGAGGUUGGGUUUAAAAUCUUCCUGUACGGCCGGGAGUUCUUCCACCACAAGUUUGAGGUGCUGGAUGGAGUCGUCGUCGUGGUGUCCUUCAUCCUUGACAUAGUCCUCCUCUUCCGGGAGCACGAGUUCGAAGCCGUCGGGCUCCUGAUACUCCUGCGCCUGUGGCGCGUGGCCAGGAUCAUUAACGGGAUCAUUUUAUCGGUAAAGACUCGCUCUGAGCAGCAAGUGUCCAAGCUGAAACAGGCAAACCUGCAGCUUGCAACCAAAGUUGAGCAACUUGAGUACAGCUGCGCAGAGAAGGAGCAAGAAAUUGAGAGGCUUAACAGGCUGUUAAAACAGCACGGACUCAUCGGGGAGCCCAAAUAGGAGCCGUUUUGUUGAAGGUGGGAAGUCUGCUGUGGAGAGGGUGGUGUUGGAAAGCACCCAUUUGACCUGAAAGGUUUUCAUAUCUCUUUGCUUUCUCUUGUAUAGUGUGGUC